AUGUUUCGUUCGCUGCUUCUCCAACUUUUAGAAGGCUACCGCGAUCUCCAAACCGUGUUGGGUGACCCUGAUAUUGUUCCCCGUACUCAAAGAGGGUGCCCCUCGUUGAAUACCCUUAAAGACAUCUUCGCGGCCUCGGUUUCCCGCCUCGGCUCCCGCACAUUCACUUGUUUUGUCGACGCCCUUGACGAAUGCGACGAACAGCAGGUUCGAACUAUGGUUCAGGAUCUUGAGGAGCUGGCAGACGAGUCGAAAGAGAAGGGCCAAGUCCUCCGUAUCUGCUUCUCUAGUCGACACUACCCCUAUAUCAACAUACGACAUGGCAUACAUCUCACCCUGGAUGGCCAAUCCGGUCAUGUUAACGACUUGAACAACUACGUAAGGAGCCGCCUAGAUAUAAAGGACCCCAAGCUUGUCAAUGAGCUUCAAGGCCAGAUUCUAGAGAAAGCCGCCGGUGUGUUCUUGUGGGUAAUUCUCGUCGUCGAAAUUUCCAACAAGGAGAACGGAAGGGGCCGCCUGGCUCUUAAGAAGAGACUUGAAGCCAUCCCAGACGAACUGAGCGAGCUUUUCAAGAAUAUCCUGAGGCGAGAUAAUCAGAACAUGGAACAGUUGCUUCUGUGUGUCCUAUGGAUCCUAUUGGCGAAGCGGCCAUUGCGACCCAAGGAGUUUUAUCAUGCCCUGUGGUCUGGACUAUCUCCACAGGGUCUGGUCGAUGACGAAGUACCUGACGUAACCAGCCAAGACUCUGGCGAUACUUUCACUAGCUGUGUCGUCAGCUAUUCUAAAGGGCUCGCUGAGAUCACAAAGUCGAACCAGCCAGUUGUACAGUUCAUCCAUAAAUCAGUCCGAGACUUCCUCGUCAAAGAUAAGGGUCUCCAGGAAAUAUGGCCCGACGUUGGAUAUGACUGGGAGUGCUAG